CGAACAAAGUGAAUGGAUACACCCAAUAAGAUUUUACACAACAUCUGAUGCAAAAAGAUUUGUUCCUGAAAUUAAUCUUUCUUCAUCAUCACACAUCAACCCAAAACAUUAACUUCAAAGAUCUGUUUAGGUGGGGAGAAUUGGAUUUGAUUUGAAACUCUUAAUUCUGUGGAAUUCAAAAUCAUUGCAAUUCAUCACAACCCAUACAUUCAAAUCAUGAAUAUGGUUCAGUAACACCAAAAUAAAAAAAUCCUCAUCUUGUUCACUAUGAAUCGCAAGAGAAGACCUGUUGGGGAAGCCGCCACGCUUCGGCCUUGCUAAAACACAUGUCGUCAAGGGCAUCGCUUCUGCACCACCGGCACUUAGAGUUCUGCGAGCACUGCGAUUUCGAAGCCAUUUCGUUGCAAUCUGGGAUCUGGCUGUUUUUCCGCGCGCCUGACAGACUGCGAAUCGCACCAACGCUGUGGGAGAUUACUUGAUCGUCCCCAUGGGACGAUUCGUAGAGAGCUGCGAGGAGGAGGACGAUAAAAACUGGGACGAAGAUCGAAACCCUAACCCUAGUUGCCAUAGAUGAAGGUUUCUGUUCGUUAUCCCCUGAACGGCGCCGUUUUUGGUCCAGUUCUCAUGGUGUCGCUUUACAGGCUCAAAACGUGGUCCUACAGGUGGAACCAUUAUUACAGGUUUGAAUAUUUUUGGCUGCAGCAUAAAACGACACCGUUUGAGUUCCUCCCUCUCUUCCCCUCUUCGUUUCUCCGUUGGAGUUGGACGCCUACAUCCUCCGUUUCUCCUAACCGCCGCACAACACCUCUCAUCCCUCUCCGUUUCAUCUUCUCUGCACCCAAAACGACACCGUUUAUUCGUCCUCGACAUCCACUAUUGCAUUUUCUCCCCACUUUCCAUCACUUCAUGGAAAAUUUCUAUCGAGAAAGUAACCGAAUGUCGAAGGGAAUUCUUUACCACGAAGACUGAAGUCUUGAGUACAGAUGAGAGAACGACAGCCGUGAGGAGUACGUAAUCUUCCGUUCGUUUCUCUUAAUUCUCCUCAAUGUCCGCAUAUAUACUCCAACAUUGCCUUUCCUCAUACCCAGCCUUUGCUCUCUUCUCUAUCAUUUCCUCGACGAUUGACCCACCUAUUUCUCUGCAAAUAUUUGAAGAUCAAAGCACAAACUUGGUCCUUAAUGGACGGGGAAAGGGUCUUUUCUGAAAUCCAAGAUCCAGAAGUUGAGCCUUUGAAGUCUAGGGUUUCUAGUUCGCAUUUGGAUUGUGAAGAACUCAAUAACCAAAGAGAACAGAGUAAUUCUCCACUCAUUGUUGAUUCAGUUUUUCAGAACAUGUCUAAACCUGGAGAUUAUGAUACAGAAUUUCCCCGAGGGUCCAGGCUGGUGAAUGCUGAGCAGCUUGAAUCCAAUGCUGACCAUAGCAUGCAAGGUAAAUACUUCUAUUAUGGAUCACCGCACUAUGAAGAAUCUGGGGUUUGGAUACCCGUUUCAGUCCCACCAAUGUCAGAGAGCGAGCAUGAAGAGUGGACCAAAGGUUUUUGUUCGAAUGGGGGCCACUUACCUGAAGGAGACAUGGGGUGGAGUCAGUUCAUCAGGGAAGAUAAGGAGUUGACCAUGUGGGAUGUAGUAGUUGAAAUGCUAGUUUUGGCCCAAGGAAAAGUGAGUGCUUUUGCUUCUGGUGGUACUAAUGGUUGUAUAAUUCCGUGGGUAUCAAGCCAUUUACUUGAGCAAGCUUGGAAUGAGAUGGCUCAAACUCUCACAGCAGCCAAUUUUGGUAAAACAAGGGAAAUUCUGGAAGCAGAGCCACCAAGAUGGUUGGCGGACAGCUCUGCUGCUGCUUGCAUGCUCUGCAGCGUGCGGUUUCACCCAAUAAUGUGCUCAAGGCAUCAUUGCAGGUUUUGUGGAGGAAUAUUCUGCAAUGAGUGUUCUAAAGGAAGGAGCUUGUUGCCUGCAAAGUUCCGCACUGGGGAUCCUCAAAGAGUCUGUGAUGUAUGUUUCGUGCGGCUUGAUUCUGUUCAAUCAUACUUGAUGGACCAAGUAAGUCAUGCUGCUCAGUUGCCAACCCACGAUCUGACAGACCUCAGUACUUUGAGAUCCUGGGUAAAUUUUCCAUGGGGACAAUCCAUGGAGUAUGAGAUUUAUAAGGCAACAAACACUAUUCAGGGUUAUAAUAAGGUAGGUUCUCUGAAACCAGAGAAGUUAAUUCCAGAUGCCAUUCUACGGCAAGCGAAAGGCCUUGCAAUACUUACCAUAGUAAAAGUAGGCAUGAUGGUUACCUACAAAAUUGGAACAGGACUAGUAGUUGCUCGCAAAGAAGAUGGUUCAUGGUCCCCUCCUUCUGCCAUUUCCUCUUUUGGUGCUGGUUGGGGAGCUCAGGUUGGAGGAGAAUUGACAGACUUCAUAAUUGUCUUGAGAACAAAUGAUGCUGUCAAGACAUUUAGUGGUAAUGCACAUCUGUCAGUUGGAGGAGGCUUGAGUGCAGCUGUUGGCAUUGUUGGACGAGCAGUCGAAGCGGAUGUACGAGCUGGUGAUGGCGGGUUUGCUGCUUGUUAUACAUAUAGCUGUAGUAAAGGCGCAUUCUUGGGAUGUUCGAUUGAGGGAAGCAUCUUCACCACCCGCAAACAAGAGAAUUCUCGAUUUUAUGGUAGCCAGUCAAUCAGUGCAUCUGACAUUCUUCUGGGUUCAUUGCCUCAGCCACCAGCGGCCGCCAUCCUCUAUCGUGCGUUGACUGAUCUAUAUCAAAAGCUUGAUGGAUGAUCCAUAUGAUUUGGGCAUUCACAUGCAGCAUCUCUUUGGUAAGGAUGCUCAAAUGAUGUACAGCAUGUCACCAUUUAGACCAUCUGCCCAAGGCUGGUGGUUUGUGUAUAAAUUCAAUGAACACACGGGUUAAACUCAUAUUCCUCUCAUUUGUAUAUAAAAACUUGUAAGAUGAACAGAUGCAAAUUCAUUGCCAAGGAAUAAAAGAAACAAGUUGUUUUAAU